AUGGAAGCUCAAGAAAACUUUAGCUUCCAACCCAUUAAUGGCGGCUCCACCCCCAUCACUGAAUCACCUCCUCUUGCAUCAGAAUCAAUUGACCACCAUGAGAAAGAAGAUCAAAGCGAUGGAAAUGUUGAUUGUUCUUCGGAAAUAAGAAGUAAUGGAUGUCAUAGAAAGAGCAAUUCUUGCUCAGGCGAUAGCAGAAGGACUAAUGAGAUAGCAAUUAACAGCGAUGACGAAGAAGAUGAGAAGAUGGAUAUGUUGUGGGAAGAUUUCAAUGAAGAAUUGCUGAAGAAUUUGAGUUCCAGAUUUGGGUCUCGUCGGUUGCCAGAACUUGAUGACUUGGAAUCAGAGGAAGCAAUGGAAGAUGGCAGCAGCAGCGGGGCGAUGCUGUCGGCAAGGAUGGCGAGUGUGGUAGUGAUAAUGAAGGUGCUGAAGAAGCUUCUGUUUUUACAUAAUUUUCGCAGGAAGCUCAAAGCUCGGACAUGGUGA